AUGGACCGAGCAGCCUCGUCAACAGGCGUCCAGACCACCACUACCAGCGAUGUCUUCCGCCGUGGUCAUCCUGACCAGCAGUCUCACCCCCAGGCCAAGCUGGAUGACGUACCUCGGGACACCAAGGCACUGAAGAGGGCUCUCACGAGUAGAAAAUACCGUCACAUAGCCGCAGUGCAUCUGGCCUCGAGACCCUCCACUCUAAGCCACGACGCCACAGCCACGCCCAGCUUCCUCGGUUUCAGGAACUUGGGGCUCAUCGUGCUCAUCGCAGGGAACUUGCGCCUGCUGAUCGAGAACAUCCAGAAGUACGGUGUGCUCAUCUGCGUCCGAUGCCACGAUUUCAGGAAGCAGGAUCUUCAGGUUGGCUUCGUUCUGUACACCCUCGUGCCGUGCUGCCUCCUGAUCGCAUAUCUCAUCGAGCUCUUUGCUGGGUUCGAGGCACGGACACAGCGGCUGCGCAUCAUGUCGCCCACCGAGGACCAGCAGGCCCGCUUCCGCAUGACCUGGUACAUCAUUGCCGCGCUGCACGCCUGCAACAUCUCGCUCGGGCUGGUCAUUACAUCCUGGGCCGUCUAUUACUACAUCAACCACCCGCUCAUUGGGACGAUCGUUGAGAUGCACGCCAUCAUUGUCUGGCUCAAGACGGCCAGCUACGCCCUUACCAAUCGCGACCUACGCCAUGCCUACCUGCAUCCCCGGACCGGCGAGUUCGAGGCUAUCCCCGACUUGUACCGUUCGUGCCCGUACCCCGAGAACGUCACCUUCGGGAAUCUGUGUUACUUCUGGUGGGCGCCCACCCUCAUCUACCAGCCCGUGUACCCCCGAACGGACAGGAUCCGCUGGGUCUUUGUCGCCAAGAGGCUGCUUGAGGUUGCCGGCCUGUGCGUGGUCAUGUGGUUGCUCAGUGCCCAAUACGCGGCGCCGACCCUGCAAAACUCGCUACGUGCCUGGAGGGAGUGGGAUGUCGCCGCCAUGGUGGAGAGGGUGCUGAAGCUGUCGACCAUCUCUCUCGUGAUCUGGCUGGCGGGAUUCUUUGCGCUGUUUCAAUCCUUCCUGAAUGCCUUGGCAGAAGUUAUGAAAUUUGCCGAUCGGUCCUUCUAUGAUGACUGGUGGAACAGUGACAGUCUCGGGACGUAUUGGCGCACAUGGAACAAGCCUGUGUCGAAUUACUUCCGGCGCCACGUCUUCUCACCGCUGAUGGGGCGCGGGUACUCGUUUCAAUUCGCAGCGUUCAUGGUGUUUUCUUUAUCAGCUUUCCUCCACGAAUUGGCUGUGGGGAUUCCCACACAUAAUCUCAUCGGCGUCGCUUUCAUAGGCAUGCUCAUCCAGCUGCCCCUCAUCGCCUUCACCAAGCGUUUUGAAAAGGCCAACUCCCCAACCAAGAAGAUGAUUGGCAAUUGUAUCUUCUGGGUCACGUUCACGACGUUUGGUCAGCCGUUUGCUGCGUUGUGUUACUUUUAUGCCUGGCAGAUCAAAUUCGGCAGCAUCAGCGAGAAGUGGAACUCCUCACAAGGGAACAGCUUCCCGAUAUCUCAACAAUAA